AUGGCUCCUUUACGCUCCGUUGUUUGGGCACCCAUCCCCUGCUUAUCGUCUCUCUUUCCGAUGCUCGGCCACUUCGGGAUAACAGAUAGCGUGGGAGUGAUCCAUGACUUCGGAGGCGACUUCUACAUAAAUAGGUCUGAGACACACACAAUCUUCGGACCACCAACUCUCUACACGCAAUUAUCAGAGGAAUGUUGGUCUGCUAUUAGUGACGAGGAAUGGGACAGCGCCCUUUCCAUAACUAUGGCCAACUAUCAAAAGAAACGCUACAACUUCUUCAUAAACAAUUGUCAUCACUUUGUAGCCGCUGUCCUCAAAACACUAUCGUCUGGAAAGAAGAACUAUACUAUUUUCUCUUUGAUCAGAGCGUUUCGGCUGGGCAGGACUGUCAAGAAGAUGCCUGGCCACAAUGCUCCUCCAGCUUCUCACAGCGAUGUCCUAGGAUGUGAAGACGCAUAA